GCCACUUCAAAAUUGCUAGUGAACUACCCUGAGCAACAGAGAAAUGAAAUUUUGGAUUAUCUUUUUAAGCCAUAUUAUGGCGCCUCAUUGCAGAUCUUGAAAGUCGAAAUAGGAGGUGAUUCGCAGAGCACAGAUGGCUCAGAAUCGUCGCACAUGCACGCAGAAGAUGACGAGGAUUACAACAGAGGAUACCAGUGGGGGAUCAUGAAAGAAGCAAAGAAAAGAAACCCGUCUAUAAAGUUGUAUGGUCUUCCAUGGGUGUUCCCUGGUUGGUUGGCCGAUGACAGAAAGCUCAAUCCAUACUUCAACAUUUCAUCCACUGUCAGAUACGUUGUGAACUGGAUAAAGGGAGCAAAGGUUCAUCACGAUCUAGAUAUCAAUUAUAUCGGGUUGUUGAGACGCACGCUGAACGAUAAUGGCUUGAAUGACGUGAAGUUGGUUGCUCCCGACGCCAUGAAUUGGUCGUAUGUGGAUGAGCUCAUAAGUGACGAGGAACUCAGGAGUGCUGUCGAUAUAAUUGGGCAACACUACCCAGGUGGUUACAGUCCAGAUAUCGCUCGAUCGUUAUCAAAGAAGUUGUGGGCAUCCGAAGAUUACAGCACGGUUGAUGACGUCAUUGGAUCUGCUUGCUGGGCAAGGGUCCUCAGUGAAGGGGUUGUAUUUGGAUAUUUGACUAGCUUCAUAGCAUGGAACAUGGUGUCCAGUUAUUAUGAAGGUUUGCCUUACUCCAGAAGUAGCUUAAUGACGGCCAACCAACCGUGGAGUGGUCACUAUGAAGUCAAUGGACCAAUCUUUAUUACUGCUCAUCACACGCAUUUUUAUGAUGUUGGGUGGGUAUACUCUCCUCACGGAGAGGGAGUGGGCGUGUUGAAAGGUGGCGGUACAUUUGUAACUCUCACCAAUCCAGUAUCACGUGACGUCACAAUUGUUGUCGAAACCAUUGUGAGUUUUCAAAAUGCAUUUACUAUAAUAAGAUGUUUCAUCAAGGAUUGUUAUUGUUAUAAUUUAUGA